UGCACCAUGCAUGCCUUACUCCGUGACUCAGUGUUGGGAUAACAAUCCCGACGUGCACACGUGGGCUGAUAGGUCCUGAAGAGGGCAGCCGAAACUUCGCGCUUCCGAGUGACAUGUAAUUCUGCGUGCCGUGUGUGUGAGGGACAUUCGAUCAGAAGCGUGUUCGCGUGCUGCUCUUCGAUUGAUUCGAACACGCAAAUCGAAUUUUGGACGCUGGAAAGAGCAGUUUGUUGUGGUGUUAACUGUUGAGCGUGCAAACAUGUUGGAUGUGCUGGUGGAGUGACUUGCCAAGACGGCGUUCUUAGCUGAAACCCCCGCCGUGGCUGAGCUAGAGGACCGAAUCCGCAUGCAGCCUUCGGCCACGGCUUCCAUUCCGCCCAACGCGGAUAUGGACCUGCAGACGGUUCAGUCGAUGGACUGGUUGUUCAAGAAGGAAAGGUUCUAUCUUCUUGUGCAAUUCUGGCAGCAGAGGGCCACGCUGGCGGAAAAAGAAGUCACGACGCUGAAGGAACAGAUAGCUAACAAUACAACGAAUAACUGUGAGAACAAAGAGGGAAGCAAUAUGGACAGACAGACUUUCGAAAAUGAAAUUGCUGCCAAAGAUAAAGAAAUCAAUCAAUUAGUUGAAGAAGUACAAAGACUCCAGAGCACGAUAUCCAAACUGAAAGAAACCUCGAUAUCGCAGAUCACUAGCUUAGAGAAUCAAUUAGAACAGAAAAGACAGAUCAUCGGGAAGUUAGAAGCCAAAUUGGACCACCAGCGGGACUAUGAGGACAUGAAGAGGGAACUCAGUAUCCUGAGGUCGGAUCUCUCGAAUAAUCCAGAAACAACCAAAUCUAUAGACUUACUACUCGAGAAAACCAAAAACUUACAACAAAGCGAGAACAGGGUCAAAACGCCAACGCAAGAGGUCGAAGGGGUUGCAAUAAAUCCACCAAAUCAACCAGCGGAGGCCCUCUCCCCCCUGUCCCCCCAAGGUCCCCUCCCACGUCCCUUCCAGAACGUAGAGACCUUCGGUAGCAUGUUAGGCGAAGAGAUUGUGGCCAAUUGGCGCCGUAGCAUAGAGCAGAAUAAUCGUCUAAUCUCGCGAUCACCCUGUAUAGAUGUCGCGAAGACGCCAACCUCGGUCAUGGGAGUUCCCGACGCCUCGGUCACGCCCACAAACAAUGAAAAAUCGACGGCCUCGACGCCGCAACCUCCGGACUCACAACCGCCACAAUCCUCACCCGUAGAACCCAUCCUCAACGGAAACCCCAAAAGCCCCGAAGACAACAACAACCACCACGUCAGCAACAACAACAUCCCCAUGGCUACCAUGUGCGCGGUCAACAACUUCCUGCGGGGGGAGGAGGCGCUGAAGAGCCCCUACCGCUUCGAAGACCACAGGUCACCGUUUCGCUUUGCGGAAGAGCUGGGGAUGGCUCCGGGAUCCAUGGUGAGUCGACUGGGCGAGAGCUUGAUCCCCAAGGGAGAUCCCAUGGAGGCCAAACUGCAGGAAAUGUUGAGGUACAACAUGGACAAGUACGCUUCACAGAAUCUCGAUACGUUGCACAUAUCGAGGAGGGUGCGGGAGUUGUUGUCGAUACAUAAUAUAGGACAGAGGCUUUUCGCCAAGUAUAUUUUGGGUUUGUCCCAAGGGACGGUGUCGGAGUUGCUGUCCAAGCCGAAGCCCUGGGAUAAGCUCACGGAAAAAGGGAGGGACAGCUACAGGAAGAUGCACGCUUGGGCUUGUGACGAGCAGGCGAUUCUCCUCCUGAAAUCGUUGAUACCAAAGAAAGACAAUUUUUCCUCAGGCAAAGAUACAGGAAUGCCAACGUUCGGCCGUCCAGAAAACGAUCUAACCGAAGAGCGGAUAGCUCAUAUCCUAAGCGAAGCAAGCCAAUUCCAGCAGAUGAAAACACACACCGAAGACAGCCAUAGCAACGACGACUCGAAAUCGCCGCACAAUCAGUGUCUGAGUCCGUUUUCAAAGGACUCGUCGCAAAAUCGGCGACUGAAGAAAUACGAAAACGACGACAUUCCACAAGAGAAGGUUGUGAGGAUUUACCAGGAAGAGCUGGCUAAGUUGAUGGGAAGGAGGGUCGAGGAUAUGAGGAAUCCCCGGGAAGCUUUCCCUGGUAUGUUUUUCCCGCAAUUAUUUAGUGGGGGUCAGAUGGACAGGACCCAGGAAGAAAUUCGGAUGGCGUUGGAUGCCUAUCAUCGGGAAAUCCUCAAGUUGAAUCAGUCCAACCCCGGUCAAAUGCCGAACUUGGGUUUGCUGGCUCUCCAACACCAAGCCCUCGUGCAGCACCAACCCAACGGGGGCGUCCAGGAUUUAUCCCUCCCAAAAGACAAAAAAUUAAUGAACGGUGAAGAAAAAGACACCAAAGAUUCGCCAAACGAGGAUGCGUUACGGCAUUCAGGCAGCGCUUUCAGUUUAGUUAGGCCGAAAAUCGAACCCGGGACGCAACCAUCGAGCGGUUCGACAGCUUCUAGUCCUUUAGGGAACGCGAUCUUGCCGCCUGCGAUGACCCCAACUGACGAUUUCUCGGGAUCUGCGGUCGCAAGUCCCCUCCAAAGAAUGGCUUCCAUCACGAACUCCCUCAUCUCGCAACCUCCAGCCCAGCCUCACCACACCACCACCCAGCGACCCCUCAAAGCCGUCCUCCCGCCCAUCACCCAGCAACAGUUCGAUCAGUACAACAACCUCAAUACCGAAGACAUCGUGAAGAAAGUGAAAGAGCAGUUGAGUCAGUACUCGAUAAGCCAGAGACUUUUCGGUGAAUCCGUGCUGGGGCUGUCGCAAGGCUCAGUUAGCGAUCUCCUCGCGCGCCCUAAACCGUGGCACAUGUUGACCCAAAAGGGUCGCGAGCCCUUCAUCCGCAUGAAGAUGUUUCUAGAAGACGAUAACGCAGUGCACAAGCUAGUAGCGAGUCAGUACAAAAUCGCUCCAGAGAAGCUGAUGAGGACUGGGGGAUAUGGAGGAGCGGGCACUUCCAUAGGCAAACCGAUGCCUCCAACGCCGAAGAUGCUGAAUGACGCCGCGGGAAUCAUUAGCAAGAUGCAGGAGACGCAGAACCUGCUACCACCUUCAUUGCAGCUGGGACCGCCGCCAAUGAGCCAGAACCCACAGCCGCCUCCGAUGCUGCUGACGCCUCCAGGGGUGCCGCCACAUCAUGCCAUCAGCUUGCAGAACCCCGACCAUCUGAAGAAGAACCCCAGCCCGCAUGGGAUCCCGCAUUCGCCGAUGGGACAGCACCAGAGUUUGAGGAACAUGCAUCAGCACAUGUCGCCUAGCGUGUACGAAAUGGCAGCGCUGACGCAGGAUUUGGAUACGCAGGUCAUCACGACGAAGAUCAAAGAGGCGUUGCUCGCCAAUAAUAUCGGACAAAAGAUCUUCGGCGAGGCAGUCCUGGGGCUCUCCCAAGGUUCCGUCAGCGAGCUGCUUUCCAAACCCAAGCCUUGGCAUAUGCUCAGCAUCAAAGGGCGAGAACCCUUCAUCCGCAUGCAACUCUGGUUGAACGACGCCCACAACAUCGACCGCCUGCAGGCGCUCAAGAACGAACGUCGCGAGGCCAACAAGCGACGUCGCUCGUCAGGUCCCGGCGCACACGACAACAGUUCGGACACCUCGUCGAACGACACCUCCGAAUUUUACCAUUCCAACUCGCCCGGGCCUGGGCCCACCAAGAAGCAACGCGUGCUCUUCUCCGAGGAACAGAAGGAAGCGCUUCGGCUAGCCUUCGCCCUCGACCCCUACCCUAACGUGGCUACCAUCGAGUUUCUGGCGUCCGAGCUGGGAUUGUCUAGCCGUACCAUCACCAAUUGGUUCCACAAUCACCGGAUGCGAUUAAAACAGCAGGUGCCGCACGGGAUGGCGUCCGACGUUCCGCCGCGGGACCAGAGCGGGGCCCAGGGCCCCUUCGACCCCGUGCAGUUCAGGCUGUUGUUGAACCAAAGACUUUUAGAGUUAUCUAAGGAACGAAUGGGACUGAGCGGAGUCCCCUUGCCGUACCCGCCUUACCUGGCGGCCAACACGAACCUGGCGGCGCUGAUCAGCCGGGGGUUAUUACCUAGCGAAGUAGAUAUGGCGGCGUUGAACAACGCCGUCAAGGAGCAGAUGAGUGGUUUGGACCUGUCCAUGACGUCGCUGAAGCGCGAACCGGGCGACUUCGACGAUGACGACGACGUGGAGAGCAACGUGGGCUCGGAGGACUCGAAUCUCUCGGCGGGUAGUCUACUCAAGGCGGAGCCCAAGGAAGCUCCGGUCAAUCAGGGGCGGAGCUCGAGGCGAAAGCCGGCGGCGCCGCAGUGGGUCAACCCCGAUUGGCAAGAAAACGAGAAGGACAAACCCACCGGGGACGAAGUGAUAAUAAACGGAGUUUGUGUGAUGCAGACUGAGGAUUACGGGAGGAGAAGCUCGGAAGAGACGGUGAGAGUGGAACCGACGCCGGUCAUGGACCGGUUUGAGGACGACCAAAGUGACGCUUCUUCCAUUAGUAACGAUAACGAGGCGCAAAAUCAAAACGAAGAGAAGGAGACGAAGGAGGAGAACAGGAACGAAGAGGAGGUCGAGAAGCAGGAGGAGGAGAAACAGGAGACCGAAGACGAGAGGUGGGAUUAUUGACUCAGUGAUAAUAAAAGACAAAGACUUCCGAGGAAGACUCUGUAAGAUAAUAAAUUAAGUGCAAUCACGGAUAUCGAAUAAUCAUUACCCUAUUAUUUAUUGUGAUUAUCUUUUACCAUUUUUUUUUGUUAAGUUAAGGCUUUUUCUUGCCAACGAGGCACUGUUUUCGUUCUCUCCCUUUUUUAAUUCGUAGUUAUUAUAAGACUGUUACCAUUAUGUAUAUUUAGCCAAAUUAUUACAAAAACGGCUAUAAUUAUUGCAAAGCAAAAUGUUUUAAACAUUGUGAUAUUUGCUUGUUUAUUUAAACUGAGAAAACGUGUGCUUUCCAACCCCAAGAUGGCCAAAUUUGCAAUAAGUGUUAAAUUUCGUACUCUUUUCCAAAUUUUUUGUAUAUAAGGCACGUAUUAUUUAGUGUAAGGAAUUCGAAAUUGCUCCAGUUUUUCCUCUAGUCUUUCCAUAAGGGCAUCAAUUUUGUUUUGGCCAGUCAAGAUCGGCUUUCACUUGAUUUUGAAAGUUGCGUCUUUUACCGCGUUCGUUGUUAUUUUUCCAGUGGUUUUGAUCUCAUCCGGCUGGAAAUUGUCUGUUCAUACAUAGCUUUAAUUUCCAAAUAAAAAAAUUUUUAGGAUUAAUCAUGAGCAAAGAAGUUAUUGAAAAAUGCAUAUCGUUACUUGUAAGUAUUAAGAUACGAAUCCACCCAAUAGAGAAGAAUUUAAAUAAUGAUGAAUUACAAUAGUGAUGUUAUUUAUGACCCUUGUUUUCUUCCAGGACGAUAAAAUAUGGCACGAGUGCAAUAUUUUAGCGUUUCCAUUAAAAAAUUUUAAUAAGUAAGAAAUGUAUAUUUUUGGCAAUAUACAAAUUUGUGUAAUUCUUCCAUUGUAUUAUUCAAUGUAUACACAUUGUAAAAAAGUUAUUAAAAUAAAAUACGUAAUGUUCUGCUCUUACAAAAAGAAUGUUUAAAGAAUUAAGUGAGAGACAUUAUUAGCAAAAUAUGUAUAAAAAAGCACAUUUUUAAAUAACUGCAUGUAGAAUAGCGUCGUAUAGAUUUUUUUGCAGUAGAAAAAAUAUUAUAAUUUAUCGUUUCAGACACGAUAAAACGAACUUUCUGUGUAUUCUUCCUUUUUUCUUUGUUAAUUAUUUACUCGAAAUACGUGAAAGUUUGUUUUAUUACGUACGUACGUUUUUUUUAUUGUCAUAUUAUAUUUUAUAAAAUGUAGAAACUAUCAACCGUUUUAAUUAGUGAUGAUUUCUGUAUUGUAAAUAUUUACAUCAUAUCAUCCUCCUUUUGAAAUUUCUAAAUUAUACAUUUCACUGUAUUUAA